UUCUAUACUUUUUAUUUUUGUAUCCUCAUAUUCCUUCUGUCUAGCUGCUCCAGCUACGGAUAAAGUCAAUGAUUUACCAGGAUUGACUUUCACACCAGAUUUCUUUCAUUAUUCUGGAUAUUUGCGAGCUUGGACAGACAAAUAUUUGCAUUAUUGGUUAACCGAAUCAUCUAGAGCUCCAACUCAGGAUCCCCUAGUUCUAUGGCUCAAUGGAGGACCGGGAUGUUCUAGUUUAGAUGGGUUAAUUGAAGAAUUGGGACCAUUUCAUGUAAAGGAUUUUGGAAACUCUAUAUACUACAACGAGUACGCCUGGAACAAAUUUGCAAAUGUCUUAUUCCUGGAAUCUCCAGCAGGCGUUGGAUAUUCUUAUUCAACAAAUUUCAAUUUGACAGUUUCUGAUGAUGAAGUAUCUCUACAUAAUUACAUGGCUCUUCUUGAUUUUCUAUCCAAAUUCCCAGAAUAUAAGGGUCGUGAUUUCUGGAUCACAGGAGAAUCGUAUGCAGGAGUUUAUAUUCCAACUCUGGCCGUACGUAUUUUGAAUGACAAGAAAAACUUCCCAAAUUUCAAAGGAGUGGCGAUUGGUAAUGGAGCCUUGAAUUUUCCAAAUAACUAUAAUACUAUGGUUCCAUUUUACUAUUACCAUGCUUUAGUUCGUGACGAGUAAGUUGGUUUAUAAUUAAUCUAGAUAUUGUACGUUGGUUUGCAAUAAGUUGAAGCAUAGUCCUAUAAAAAUUGACUUCAACGUUUAUUGAAUAAUCUUCAAAAAUUGGCACCGCGAGUGAUGAGAUCGUGACAAGACCUAACGGAAAUUGCCACAUUUUGAUAACUUUCCUUCUACCUGAUUUUUCAAAUGAUACUUCUUCAUAAUUGUAUAUUUUUUCAGUUUAUACAAUGACAUUGCAAGAAAUUGUUGCAAUAACAACAUUGGAACAUGUGACAUCUACAGCAAAUUCUUUGAUCCAAAUUGUAGAGACAAAGUUAUCAAUGCACUAGAUGGUACUAAUGAGCUUAAUAUGUACAACUUGUAUGAUGUUUGUUAUUACAAUCCAACCACAAAUCUCAAAAAAGCUUUUAUCGAAAGACAAAUGAGAAUAGCCGUCGGAUUACCAGCAAGAAAACAUAAUGCAGCUACCACAGUUCCGCUUUGUGCUCAAACCAAUAAUACACAUGUUUAUUUGAAUAGAGCGGAUGUUCGGAAAAGUUUGCACAUUCCAAGUUCUCUUCCAGCAUGGGAAGAGUGUAGCGACCAAGUUGGAAAGAAUUAUGUAGUAACACAUUUCAAUGUGAUUCCCGAAUUUCAGACAAUGAUUGCUGCAGGAAUUAAAAUUCUUGUCUACAAUGGAGAUGUGGACACUGCUUGUAAUUCAAUCAUGAAUCAACAGUUUUUGACAUCACUCAACCUGACAGUUCUUGGAGAACAGGAGAAAGUGAACGAGGCUUGGCACUACUCCGGCCAGACUGGAACUGCAGUAGCUGGGUUUCAGACCAAGUUCGCCGGAAAUGUUGAUUUUUUGACCGUUCGUGGAAGUGGCCACUUUGUGCCUGAAGACAAACCUAAGGAAUCGCAGCAAAUGAUUUUUAAUUUUAUCAAUAAUAAGGACUAUUCUACUCCUAUUCAACUUUGAUCAUUGACUGUGAUUUAUUAAUUUUUGGAGAAGUUUCUAUUUAAGGCAAUAAAAAGAAAAUUGAGUUA